AAUCACACCCUCUUUACUCCCACUCCGCCAUUCAUCCCCCCUUUACAUCUCCUCCGUCGCGACUUAAUCCCGCCCCCUUUCUUCAUCCCCCACCAUCGUCCUUCUCAACAGCCAGGCAGAGAUGGGCGUGAUACUGCAUAUAAUUGUCGUGGGUUUUCACCAUGCCCAUGGCCCCAUUGUCGAAUACGCCUUCCCGCCCUUUCCCAGUCAGACUGUUCAGACUUCACUUAUGCGGUUAGACGUGCCUGAAGAAUGGUCUCUGCUGCCAUUUCUGGCCCUCCCAGACGGGAGCCAUCAAAGCGACGAGGAUUUCACGUACUUUCACCUACCUCCUGUCAAGGGCCGCAAAGACGCCUCAAAGACAUUGUUCGGGAUAUCCUGUAACCGACAGAUCUUGACAAAGGACUUGAUGGUCAAGACUGAUGAUGUCACUCGAAGUUCUGUCCAGAAGGCUGUCGUCGUACUUGCAACGCAGCCUAUAUUUGGAGUCCUGCGGCAGAGGUUGGCGGUCGUCACGGCCGCGUGGUUUGGUCAGAAGGACUUUACACAGACGGAUAUCCUUGCACAAUUCUACGAAAGUCUAGAUGCGACCGUCUCGGAGAGCAUACCAGAUUCUGCAUUCAUGAUGGGCACGUCUCUUCGUGAGCUGGUCAAAAAAUUCAAGUACAAAGUCCUGGUUCUCUUAAAACUACUUUUGUUGGAGAAAAGGGUCAUUUUCUUUGGAUAUCCAGUCGAGACACUGUGCACGUAUCAAUACUCGCUGAUCUCACUGAUUCCAGGAUUGUUGAAGAGUUUGCAGGACGCAGGAUCGCCGCUGCUGGACUCGCAGGAACUGUAUAUGCAGAGCAUGUCAAAGACACCGGCACAGUCGACGGAUAAGCAGGCGCUUUUCAAAUAUCUGGGGUUUCCUCUUCAUAUUUUUGGCGAGGGAUCGUUCUUUCAGCCAUAUCUGCCGCUUCAGCAGAUCGAUAUCCUGCAGGACUCUCAGACACGGAGCUAUAUCAUCGGAACAACCAAUGCCAUUUUCUUACAUAAUCGCGAUUGUGCAACGGACGUUAUUGUGAAUACCGAGCCAGGGACAGUCGAAUUUUUACAGGAUUCACUGUCGAGCGUUCUCAGCUUGACUUCAGCAGAUCGGCGGUGGAUGGACGAAAUUAUCGAGGCUGUUAAUGACAACGGCGUUAAUGAUGCACAAACGGAAUACACGGGUAGUGAUGACUAUUUGCGUGCAAAGUUCGAAGAGUAUCUCUUGACGCUGUUGUCAAGUGUAAAGCAUUCACAGUAUACGCAAGUUGAUGAUUCUAUCGAGGGCAUCGGGAGCGCAACCGAUAGGGACCUGACAUCGGACUAUGGAAGUUAUUUUAUUAAGGCUUGGCAACAAACACCAAAUUACCAGCUUUGGAACGACUAUGUUGAUUGGGAGCUGCUCAAUGAGAUCGUCGCGCCAGGGCAUCCAUGUCAGGGCAACUUUUCUUUGGCCCACGUUCAACGGCGGUUAGCAAAUCAGUUGAAGGAUAUGAGGAUCGACAAGAACUUGCAGCCUUUGAAGCAGUCGUUUUCGAGAGCGAUGACGACGAGCAGAGAACGACUUUCGAAUGUCUUUGACACUGUGUGGCAGGAAUUCGAGAAACUGCAGCCAGAAGAAGGAUUGGGACCCGCAGCAUCAUCCUACGAACCAGCAUUGUACACACCUCGGUCCAGAGAGGGGACUCCUUCAGAUGGGAAGGGGAUUAUCCAGGGCACGUCGACCAAUCCGAUCCAACGCCCUGCAUCGAGAAUAUUUCCGGAUUUAGAGCCGACAGCUGAGGAUGACCUAGACGACGCGAUUGUGCCACCGAAAUCGCAAACGUCCUCGCCACGGCCGCCUUCUGCCUAUCAACAGCAGCCGUCAGGGUCUUCACGACCAGGCUCGAGUUUGACAACAGGAUCAGGAUCUUCGGCGUCUACACUGAGCUCGACGCUAGGCCCGGCGACAGCAGCGACAGCGGCGGCAACGGCGGCAUUGGGGCAGAGGGCAGCAGGGAUGUUUUCAAAUGUGUCGAGUUUCUUUCAGGCGAAGAAGAAGGAGCUGCUGGAGGCGCAGCGCGACGCGGAGGAGCAAUACCAGCAACGGAUUCAUCAGCAUGAGCGGAAGAAGAGAAUUAUGCAAGAAAGAGCUAGGGCGACAGCAGAGACGUUUGUGAUCCCUUCGGCGAAGCAGACGACGACGAUCAAGACGGAAACGAAACCGAGGAAUAGCCCGGAGCAAGGGGUUUAUGUGUACGUGCCGCCAAAGUCACCGCUGUCACCCAGGUCACCGUUGUCACCCAUGUCACCCAAAUCCCCUACAGCGUCAAAGAGUGCGUCAGCGUCGACCUCAACGUCGGGGACGUCGAGUUUAGCAGAUCUGGUAGGAGCAAGUUCUGAGACUUCGACAGUACCGAUUGUAGCACCGAUCCCAACAGUACCGAUAGUGAUCUCGCCAACAUUGACCAGAGGCAGCAGUCGUGAUAAAGAUGGCAUGUCAAAUCAGGAGAGUCAGAAUGAAAUUGAAAAGGAGCUGCAGGAGGCACUAGAGUCGAAUGCGAGUCCGGUUUCGGGAUCCAGGAGUGGGAGUGGGAGUGGGGGACAGUCUUUGCCAGUAGGGUCGACAGCAGCGUUGCGAGGAUCGACGAUGACGCCGACGCGGUCGUCGACACCUGCAGAGAUGUACUCGCCAUUUUUGGAGAUCUCGGCGCCUUCGUCGCCUAUGAAGACAGAGGCAGAGGCGGAGGCACAGGUAAAUCCGUUGGGCGCGGCGACGACUGAGAGGACCGAAGGUGUUGAUGGCGAGAGCGAAGGCGGCAAGGAUAGCGAGAGCAAGGUGGAGACCGAAGGAAGCUGAGACUGAAAAGAAGGGGAUUAGUUUGGGCGAAGCACUUUUGGUUUCGUAGACUUGUAUUUCAUGCUCUGUUUUUUCUCUAUGCUAUUUAGUCAUUAGAUUGUGUUUCACCAAACAUGUUGCUUCUGCC